AUGCAUACCCCAGAUGAUCCCCGCGAAACGGUAAACUUAGUGGUCUUCAGUCGCAGCUGUCCGGCCGAGGGGUCACGAGCCAAGGUACCUCCAUCGGUGGUCAAAACCUGGCUCUUGCUCAAAACUCGAGGGGCAUUCUUCAGCUUCUUCCUCCUCUCCUUGUUCCUUUCAUCUCACUUUGAGACCAGCCCAGACUUACUACACCUUCCAUCAUACCAUACCGGCAAGAUGAGUGCAAUCACUGAGGAGCCUGAGGGCUACGUUGAGCCGCUCAAGGUCCUCAUCACCAUGCACGACAAGUGUGACACCCUCGAUGUCACCGGCCCGCUUGAGGUCUUCAGCUCUGCCCAGCACGAUCCGAAGAACCCAGAGAGCAAGGCAUUCCGCACCAUCUUCGCGGGACCUGACGAGCACGUGAUUACACAACAAGGUGCCCAGCUCCGUGCUCACAUGAGCUACGACGAUGCCAUGAAGCGUCUCUCCGAGAUUGACGUUCUCGUCAUUGCUGGCGGCAACCACGAUGCCAUCAUCAAGCAGAAGGCCCAGCCUCUGCAGCUCAUCAAAGCUUUCUCCGACUUGCAGAAGAAGAACCCAGCCAAAGAGCGUACCCUCAUGACCGUCUGCACGGGUGCCCUCUUCGCCGGCGAAGUCGGCAUCCUCAGCGGUUUGACGGCGACCACCCACCCAGACUACGUCACCAAGUUCGAGAUCAUCUGCUCCAACGCCGCUCAGCGCGACAUGGCCGACCGUGUCGACGUGGUCGAGGAACGCUACGUCGUGAACAACCUCCGCUUCGACCUCGGCGAGAAUGAAGAUGAGAACCCAUACAUCCUCGACCGGAAGCAGAUGAAGGAGAAUAAGCGCCGCAAGAGCUCUGCUGGAGCCAUCUCACCCAUUGCUGAGAACGGUGGCCCGACCAAUGGCUUCCCCAACGGUCGUCGUCCAUCCAGUGCUCGCAAGGGCAGCAUCAGCUUGAAGAUGAGCAACAACCGCCGCGAGAGUGUUCUCAAGCGUGCCAACCUCCGCCUCGGUGGCCUUCGUGUGCUCACCACUAGCGGUGUCACCUCUGGCAUCGACGGUUCUCUGUACUUGGUCGGAGCUUUGGUCUCUGAGGAGGCGGCUGAUGAGGUCGCUCGCAAGAUGUGCUACACCUGGAAGAAGGGUAUGGUCGUCGAUGGCAUUGAUGUCUAG